AUGGCGGUCCGCGUCGAGACGCUCUUCGACGAGCUGAUCGCGUCGAACUCCAGGUCUGUUUACGAGGCGCACCAGCGUGGCACCGUCGAGCCUGCGUCUGAGCACGGGAUCGGCAUCUCCGACAUCAGGGCCUUCCUGGAAAACUUGCCUUGCGAGGGCAGACAGAAGCACCAGAAGUUUUGGAAGGUCGUCGUCGACUACUUGGCGGAGUGGGUGGCCCCAGACGACUUCUCGUUGGAGGCGCUCGGGGGCGCUGCGAAGGACGGGCCGCAGGGUGCGCCAGGAGAGAGCGAAGAGCAGUGGGCAGAGAGGGAGCGAAGGGCUGGGGGACUGCCUCUAGGUAAAGAGCAGCUUGCGCGGGGCGAUUAUAUGCAAGUGGUGGUGGAGAAGAAUGAGAACGGCACAUACGCCGUGAUGAAAAUCUCAAACCUGAAGGAGGCGAUCAGCGCUGCGGCCGCGCACGCCCUGUGCCAGCAGGGCGCGCUGCGCGCCCCUCGCCGCGCCAACUCCCACGGAGCGCGCAAGGCGUUCCAAACGAUCUUGCAGAAGGCGAAGGGGUGGAAGCUGAUGUUCGCGAAGACUGCGGGCGAGGCCGAGGCGGAGGACCCGAGCGCGCGGGGGCGGGCCAGCUCAGGUGGAGAGCGGACGCCGACAACGGAGGAGAUCACGCGGGGGAUGGAGUUCAUUCAGGACAACGCUCCGCCGGCAGGGACGAUGGCGCAGGCGGAGUGGCUCCUGAUCCACAACAAGGCGGUGGACUCCCCCAUCCGCGGGUGGCCCGCGCAGUACGUUAACAAAAUCUGCGAGGUAAAGGCGAAGAGCAAGAUGGUGGCGGAGUUGGAGCAAUACUUCCCCCUGAGAUUGCACGACCUGAAGGACUCUAUCCUCCGCGACGCGGUCGCUCCGAUGGCCCCGUGCUUGCCAGACCACGGCUUGAUUGCCGUCGGCCGACCAGAGGCAGGGAAGACGCCCUUCGCGUUCCUCCUCAUGGCCUCGUGCAUCGGCCAGCAUUGGAUUGACGCGUUGGGCAUCGAUGGAGCGAAGCCUGGUUGGUACCGCGCGAAACAGUUCGACGACAUGAGGGGCGUAGAGGGCAACAUCUAUAACGGGGUCGUGGUCGACGACGGCAACGUCCCCAGGUUCAGGUACGACGAUGUGAAGCAGUUCUUGGACGCUGGGUUUAAAGGGCACGUCGAUUGUCGAUACUCGCCAGUCUCCUUCGUGAAGAACUGCUUCCGCGCGAUCUGCGAUAACACCUGGGACAAGGAUGCCGAGCCCCCGAACCCGAAGCAUGGCGACGUGUUGACGCGGGAGGAGUUUCUCCCUAUGCUGCGGCCGCCCUCCCCGCGCGUCCCCGAGGAGGACCUGCUUGCUAUCCUCAAGCGGGGCGUCGUGAUCAUCGCGGGAUACAGAGCCAUCUACCUGCGCUUGCCGUCGUCUUCACAGGAAGCCUCCAUCUCCGCGGUGGCGGAGGGCGAGGUCGGCGACAACUGGUUUCAGAGGGCGAACAUGAGCGCCUACGGGGCUCUCAAGCGGGGCGUCAAGGAGUACCCAGACGGUUUCAAAGAGGCCAAGAUCGCCGAGGCCGAGCUCUUCGCUAGCCUGCUGGCCUCGCAGCCCCACGGUGCUGGAGAAGCUUCGUCGGCGCGCGACGAUCCAAUUCCCGCGUGGGACGGCUCGUUGCCCGCCAGCUCGGAGCGCGCGCCCGGCUUGUGGGCGCUCCUGCAGCCAGAGAAGCAGUCUGCGUUGGCCAGCUUAGCCUAUCAGUCUAUCCAGCGUAACGGCGGUUUGUCAGCAUCCGUCUUCCAUGACAUGCGCGCCGAGUUCGGCAUCGGCCGCGACGUUGCCUCCGACGUCGCCCGCUACUUCCUGGCAGGGGCCAAGGGGGCAAAGGCGCUGUCGAAGGGCUCGGAGGCGGGCGCGGGCAAGGCACUUGACGGCGACGCCGUCGCCGAGAUGGAUCCCGAUGGCCCACGCGAGAGCGCUCUCCAGAGCGAUGAGGCGGCAUGGGACGAUCUACAGAAUGAUGCGAUGGCUUUUCUGGGCUUGGACACCGAAGCGCCCGACGAGGUGCCCGGCGGCGACGCCGUCGCCGAGAGCGAGCUCAAGGGCGCGUUCGAGGACGCGCUCAAGCGGGACGAGGUGGCGAUUGAUGAGCUACAUCGCGAUGCGAUGGACUUCUUGGGCACGGACAAUCCGCCACCAGAGAAAGGCAUGAAGUACUUUGCGCCGCGGAUCGGAGGCGCUUGGCUGGAGGCCGCGGAGAGGCUGCUGGGGAAGGAGAAGAACGCAGAUCUCAUCGCCGACGAGGCCGUAGGCGAUCUCAUCGUCGACGAGGCCACGGGCGAAGCGAGCCGCUCGGCGCCGCCCAAGAGGAGGCGCAUCUUGGGCAAGCGGGGCGCGUGA